CCCGGCUGAGGGAGCGCGGCCAGGGCCGGGAUGCACGCCCCGCGCGGCGCUCCACGGCCCCCGCUCCGGGCUCCGGGCGCAACGAGGCUUCAUGGGACGUAGCGGCGGCGGCGGCGGGGAAGGCAGCGGCGCGGGGGGCCCGGGGCCGGGGCUCCGGGCGCACCUCGGGGCGCUGCUCCGCGCGCCGCCCCGCGCGCCGCUGCUGCUCUCUGUGCUCCUGCUCGGCACCUACUUUUUCUAUUGCCUGUCUGGCCCCUGCGCCGCUGCCCGCCCCCCGUCGCAGCCCGCCGCGCCCCCGGCCACCCGCACCCCGCAGCCGCCGUCCUGGGCGCCGCGGCCCGGACGGCUUCUCCCAGCGGCGGCAGCUGAGUCGGAGGAUCCUCCGGAGCCCGACACGGAGCGCGGCGGAGCCGGGGCUCCGCGAAGCCCCGGGACACCCGGCGGGGGCGGGCUGCCCCUGGCCAGCAGUUUCGGGAGCCGGCGCUUCCCGCAGGCGCUCAUCGUGGGCGUGAAGAAGGGUGGCACUCGAGCCUUGCUCGAGUUUCUGAGAGUGCACCCCGACGUCCGAGCGCUGGGUGCCGAGCCCCACUUCUUCGACAGGUGCUACAAUAAGGGGCUCGCCUGGUACAGAAGCCUGAUGCCGCGGACACUGGAUGGCCAAAUCACCAUGGAGAAGACCCCCAGCUACUUUGUGACGAAGGAGGCCCCUCGACGCAUACACAACAUGUCUCAGGACACCAAGCUGAUCGUGGUGGUUCGGAACCCUGUCACUCGGGCCAUUUCGGACUACACUCAGACGCUGUCCAAGAACCCCUCGAUUCCGAGCUUCCAGGCGCUGGCCUUCCGGAACGGCAGCUCCGGGCUGGUGGACACAGCGUGGAGCGCCGUGCGCAUCGGCAUCUACGCCAAGCACCUGGACAACUGGCUGCAGUACUUCCCGCUGUCCCACUUCCUGUUUGUGAGCGGGGAGAGGCUGGUGAGCGACCCGGCCGGGGAAAUGGGCCGCGUGCAGGAUUUCCUGGGCCUCAAGAGGGUCGUGACAGACAAGCACUUCUACUUCAAUGAGACCAAAGGCUUCCCUUGCCUGAAGAAGCCAGAAGGCAGCAGCCGCCCUCGAUGUCUGGGCAAGUCCAAGGGCAGACCCCACCCCCACAUCGAGGAGCACGUGGUCCAGCGCCUGAGAGAGUUUUACCGGCCUUUCAACCUCAAGUUCUACCAGAUGACCGGGCAGGACUUUGGGUGGGACUGACCCAGACUCGGGGUACCCUGCUGGUAGUGGGGUGGGAUGAGAGGGGCUGCCAAGAGCAGCGGGGGUCACCGCUGAGACAAGGAAAAGAUCUCUGAAGGCGCCCAUCUGGGCCGGCUUGGACUUGAGCCUCCUACCAGGCUUUAGAAAGUUUGACAAUGGUUCUAAUUUAUAUCUGCUCUCCUAGUAGAGAGCAAGCAAUUGUACACUUACUGAGUAGAGAGAGAUAUUUAAGAAAUAAAACAGUCAGAUAAAUAUUCUUCCACAUAAA